AUGCCCCCUACAGAUGCAGUAACAAAGGUUCUUCAAAUUCUGAAGGGUAUAUAUGAACCAAAAGGAAUCAAUGUUCCUGAACCUAUCCAAACUGUCUGUACUAGAUGGGGUAGUGAUCCCUUCUGCUUUGGUUCUUACUCUAAUGUUGCAGUUGGAGCUUCAGGUGACGAUUAUGAUAUUUUAGCUGAAAGUGUGGGAGAUGGUAGACUUUUCUUUGCUGGGGAAGCAACUAAUAGGCGCUAUCCUGCUACUAUGCACGGGGCUUUUCUAAGUGGUCUACGAGAAGCCGCAAAUAUGGCCCACCAUGCUAAUAAUCGAUCAAUGAAUGUGAAGGUUGAAAAGGCUCCUUCAAAUGCUCAUACGUGUGCUUCCCUUCUCGCAGAUUUAUUUAGAGAACCUGAUAUAGAAUUUGGGAGUUUUUCUAUCAUUUUCGCUCAGAAGAAUGCAGACCCAAAAUCACCUGCAAUCUUGAGGGUAACAUUUGGCGAAGCUAAAAAGAAGUAUCACGAAGUUGCCAAACAAGACCAACAACAGCACUCAAACAAAUUACUUUUUCAGCAGCUUCAGUCACAUUUUAAUCAGCAGCAGCAGCUUCAUGUUUACACUUUGCUGUCAAGACAACAGGCUCUUGACCUAAGAGAAGUAAGGGGAGGUGAUGAAAUGAGAUUGAAUCACCUUUGUGAAAAGCUAGGAGUGAAGCUGGUGGGAAGAAAAGGAUUGGGGCUGAAUGCUGAUUCUCUCAUUGCUUCUAUUAAAGCCGAGAGGAGCAAUCGUAAACCUGUUUCAACUUCUAUGUCUCUUAAACCAGGGUUAGGGGUGUCAAAACUAAAAGCAGGCAUUAUGAAGCGAAAUAUAAUCAGAAAGGCAAAGGUGGUGAAGAAAAGCAUUGGAUCCAUACCCCGAGCAAGCAUGAAUGUAGGGAGUGCCUCUAAAGUAUUAGAAGAGAAUCGGAUAAUAGAUCAAGUGCUUCCUGAUGUGCUUGUUUCAGGGAACAAUCAAAAUGACUUGUCAAACUCAAAUCCAUAA